AUGUCGGAACAGCAAAUUGCCCAGCCUUUGGCCGACAUCUCCAAGAUGUCUGUGCCUACUCUUCCUUCGUCGGCUCCAGAGUUGCCUAAACAGAACGGCUUCUGGUCGUCCAACCCAGUCUUUUCUUACUUGAACGACGUCUACACCAACAUCUCCCAGCACAGACAGUCUCUUGGGUUGACCAACCCAGGUACCGUGGAAAACCUUACCAAGGAAGUCAACCGUGAUGUGUUCUUGAACCAGCAUUUCUUCCAGGGUUUGCGUGCUGACUUGAACAAGUCUUUCUCGUUUGACCCAGCUUUCCAGACCUCCCACGCUUUCUCCAUCGGUGGUGACUUGCCUCCUUAUGCAUUCUCGGCCUUGUACGCCAAGGAGAACAUGUUUGCCCAGGGUAACAUUGACAACCAGUUUUCCGUUUCCGGUAAGGUCAACUACGGUUGGGACGAGCACAACAUCUCUAAGGUUACUUUGCAGAUUGCUCAUGGCCAGCCAACCAUGUGCCAGUUGGAACAGGACUACAACGCUAACGAUUUCUCCAUCAACUUGAAGACUUUGAACCCAUCCUACUUGUCUGGUGCUUUCACUGGUGUUGCCAUUGGUUCCUUGUUGCAAUCCUUGUCCCCAAGAUUCGCCGUCGGUGUCGAGGCCACCUUCUCUAGACAAAACGAGUCUCUUCCUCCAGACAGUGCUAUCAGCUACUUUGGUCGUUACAACGCUGGUAACUGGAUUGCUACUGCCCAAGUCCAGGGCCAAGGUGCCCUUGUGGGUACUUUCUGGAGAAAGGUUUCUGAAAACGUUCAGGCUGGUUUGGAGACCCAGAUCGCUGCUGGCAUGAGACCUGUUAGCACACCAUUCGGUCCUCAGUAUGAACCUGUCGUCGAGGGUGUCACUACUCUUGGUGCCAAAUACGAGUACCGUACUGCCGUCUUCAGAGGCCAGAUGGAUACCACCGGUAAGACUUCCGUCUUCUUGGAGAAGAAGAUCAUGCCAAUGCUUUCAGUUAUGUUCUCUGGUGAGAUUGACCACUUCAAGCAGUCCUCCAAGGUUGGUGCUGGUUUGCAGGUUGAAACCGCUGGUAACGAGCAGAUCUUCUUGAUGCAAAACGGUAUGGUUGAUGCCAACGGUAACCCAAUUCCUGGUGCUACCAUGUAA